GUUAUAGUGCAUGUGGUGCACUCGGUGGCCGUCUACGGCAACGACUACGACAACAACAACAUCAACCGCACUUUCGUCGCACGGCAGUCAACAACGACGAGUUGCUAUACGCUAAUGGCGUGGUCGUCCGGUUUCCAGGACGUCGUCGCUGUCCGAACGGCUUAAAAGAAUCGAUUUGUACACGUGUCGUCGGCAAUACCUACACACGAUGAGUAUUUAUAAGAAAGUGGACUUUUACGAUUUAUGCAGGCUCUGCAUGUGCGUGGGCGGAAGAAAGCAUCAUCUGUUCAAGAGCCCGGAGAGCAGCGACCGGCAGCUACCUUCUAAGCUACAAAAAUGUAUCCCCCUGCAGAUUAAAGAAAAUGAUACUUUACCUAAAAGAAUAUGUGAAAACUGUGUAACAAAAAUAGAAGAAUUUUACGAUUUCAUAGAUCAAUGUGUAAAUACUGAGUCUAUGUUAAAAAGUUACUGUGCAACUUUAAGUGUUUCUGAUCAAUUAAAAUGCCAAGGAAAAGUUUAUGUACGAGAAUCAAUAGAACAUAAUUCUAAUGACAAUUCUGUUAGUCAGAAAACUAAAAAUAAUUCUGAUCAUUCAUCAGCCAUGCUUACAAUGCAAAGUUUAUCUAAUCUUGUCCAAUCUGGUUCUAUACAAAUUGUUAAUGAUAUGAAUGGCCAAUACCAAGAUUUCUGUAAAUAUGAUAUGCAGCCAGUUAUAACUAGUACAACUAAUGGAGUUGAAUCUAUGAAAUACAAUUAUACUAUAGCCAAUAAUUCAAAUCAAUCGGCUCAAACAGAUUCAUCUAAUGAUGAAAAUGAUGCUAGUGAAAAUGUUCAAACAAUUUAUUCUAUUCCUGAUAUUCCUAGUCUUGAUAAAGAAGAUUCUGAAAUGAACAUGCAUUCCUUAGCUUAUGUGACUCCAUUAACUGUUGAACCAGAAAUGCUUCAUUUUCAAUUUAAUAAAUCUGAUAGUAAUGAACAAGAUUCAGAUUUGGAUCAUAGUAAAUCUGAAGUGUCUGAUGAGGUGAAAACUUAUAUGGAUGGGUUUUUACCUUCAGAUGGUGCGCUUGCAUCAUGUACCGCUUGUGGAAAAGUCUUAGAAAGUGAAGAAGAAAUUGUCAUGCAUAGUCAAACAUGCAAAGCUGUUAGUAAUAGAAGUAUUCAUAAUGUACCAACUAGGAGUUCAAGGGAUAUGAUGCCACCAAGAUUUCCUUGUGAUGUCUGUGAGAAAAAAUUUAAAAGAAAAGAGCAUUUAAUACAACAUAGAAAACUUCAUACUGGAGAACGACCAUAUAGCUGUGAGACAUGCUCAAAAUCAUUUAGUCGUAAAGAACAUCUUAUGAGACACAUGUUAAGUCAUACAGGCCAAAGAUUGUAUGGAUGUGAUUUGUGUCACAAACAUUUCAGCCGGAAAGAUAAUCUCCACAAGCAUCGUACUACACAUGGAGUAACUGGACCUCUUGUCUGUGAAAUUUGUGGUAAAUCAUUCAUAGUAAAACAUUACUAUGAUAUGCACAUAGCAACACAUAAUGAAGUUGACGAUAGCCAAUUGCCAUACGUGUGUGAUAUUUGUAAUAAAAGAUUUGCUACCAGUCAAUUUUUAGUCACUCAUCGAUUCAGACAUCGAACCAAAUCGUAUACAAAUGAUUUAAAAUUAAAAUCUGAAUCUCUUAUUCAAGAAACACAAAACGAAGAUGAUAAACAAGAUGAAACAAACCAACUGUCUAAUGUGCCAAAUACAAAUACAUAUCAUGUAUCUUAUGAAGAUAAUAAUUCAUAAGUUAUAACAAUAAGGUCUAAAGCCCAAAAUGUUCAGGUUUUCAGGGUGAUUAUUAUGGGUUCCUACAUAUAUUAGUUUUAGAAUUUAGUAAAAACAAGAGUUUGAUUGUAUCUGAUAAGAUAUUUUUGUAUGACAUUUUUAUAUUUUUGUCAAUACAAAAUAUUUUUGUUAAUUUAAAAAUCAAAACAUAGAUAAAUA